AUGGUCCCCAACCUGGGUCCUAGUAGUGGCCACUGCUUGGUGAAGCCAGAGGUCCUCCACCACCCAGAGCGGUUCUCUUUGAUCUACUCUCAGCACCCCUUCAUUGUGCCUGGCGGGCGCUUUCUGGAGUUCUACUACUGGGACUCCUACUGGGUGAUGGAGGGUCUGCUCCUCUCUGAGAUGCCUGAGACAGUGAAGGGCAUGCUGCAGAAUUUCCUGGACCUGGUGCAAAUCUAUGGACAUGUGCCCAACGGGGCCCGAGUGUACUACCUGCAGCGCAGCCAGCCCCCACUCCUGACCCUCAUGAUGGACCGCUAUGUGACUUACACCAAUGAUACUGCCUUCCUACGGGACAACAUUGGGACCCUUGCCUUGGAAUUGGACUUCUGGACUAAGAACAGGAACAUCUCUGUGAACCUGGGGGGAAAGAGCUACAUCCUGAAUCACUAUUACGUCCCUUAUGGGGGACCCAGGCCCAUCAUCAAUGGGAUUAUCAAUGUUUGUAAAUCACCUGGAGGGACUUUUGAAAUAGGGCUGGAUUCCAGGAGACCCCACUGUGAGGACUGAGGUGAAUUGGAAGCUAUUUCUGUGUGAAGAAGUUCUCUACUGCAGAAGGUAGUUGGCAUAAAGUAAUAUGGGUUCCUUAUUUGCUAGAUCUUCCAUUUUUCAAAGUAAGGUAGAAAUACAUAUUUUAAUCUGUAAUAUCCCAAUUUUUAAGUGUUGCAAUGUCCCCAAUUCUGACUGUAAAUCUCAAAGUGAUUCCUGUGUGCAUGUGCGGAGUGGUGAGGAGGAGACUUGACCCCACUACUGGGCCUUCCCUUCUCCCUGAAGUGUUCAGGGCUCCACCCUUGAAUGAAGCUUCAGCCUGGGUGGGAUGUGGGCUCUCUAUUUGGUGCCCCUCUUUAUUGAGAUCCUCUGUACAUAUUGAUAUCCUUAAUAUGGAGAAAUCUCUUACAAAUCCAAAAUUUAAAAAGCACUGGCACACUUGGAAGACAUCUAUAGAGUAACUAUGGAUGAUUGAUAAACAUAAUGUUUGUUUAUUUUGCUCUGGAUCUGGAUCAGGCCUCAACCCAUAAGGAUUUAGCCUGGCUGUCCCUGGGUGUCAGUUCCUUGACCUCAGAUGUCCUCCCCCAAGUCUCAGCACUCAGGUUGUCUCGAGUGAGACAGAUUUUUUAUUUUUUUAUUUUUAGAGGAGGGAAAUGGAGAGAGAAAGAGAGGGAAACAGCAAUGUGUGAGAGAAACAUUGGCUGCCUCUCAUAUGCACCCCUACCAAGGACCAAACCCACAACCCAGGCAUAUGUCCUGACCCGGAAUUGAACCAGUGACCUUUCACUUUGUGGGAUGCCACCCAACCAACUGAGCCACACUAGUCAGGGCUGCCCAGAUUUUCUUAACAUGUGUAUGAGUAAUUCAGCUCUGGGCCCCAAAUUACGUCCUCACUCAGCAAAAGUUCAGCAACUUGCUAGACCUACCAUCCUUGGAGGACAGCUGGUGGUGGUAUGGUUCUCAUUGCCUUACCCCAAAGUAUUUCUUUGAGGAAGAAGUACUAGUUUCCUUCUCAGUGUACAUUCUCAGGGUAGCAAUGUGGCCAUCAUUAGAAAAAAAAGGUUGAUUUCCCAGGCUCCCUUGCAAUUAGAGGUGGCCAGGAAACCACUUUUGACAAGUGAAAUGUAAAUGGAAGUCCCUGGAAUGGGCUCCUGGGAAAGUUUCUUAAAAGGGAAAAGACUUAGCUGGCUUUGCACUUUGUCCUUUGCCCUUUGCCCUCCCCAGUCCUGCCUGCACUGAGCAUAGGUGAAGUGCUUGGAACUGCAGAGGACACUUUGCAACCACAUGGCAAUGAACCUGAGGCUAAAAACCACAAGCUUAAGAGGGCAGAGCAGAAAUGGGAACCCUAGUGCACUAUUGGUGGGAAUGUAGAAACAUUGAAAUA